AUGUUAAGCCACCCGCCCAUCCAAGUAAGCGACUUUGAGCGACACGUGCAGUUGAUGUUGGCGCACGACGGCAUCUUGUUCGCGCAGGAGUACGAGUCGAUCGAGCCGGGCCAGCAGUACAUGUGCGAGAACUCUGAACUGGAGGUCAACAAGCCGAAGAAUCGUUACGAGAACGUACUGGCCUACGACCACAGCAGAGUCAUCCUGCGAUCCAUGGACGGCGGACCUGCAGCGGCAGGCAUCGACUACAUCAACGCUAACUUCGUCGAUGGAUUUCGAAAACAGAACGCUUAUAUUGCCACUCAGGGACCUCUUCCAACGACCUUCACAGACUUCUGGAAGAUGUUGUGGGAACAGAGGAGCAGUGCCAUCGUCAUGAUGACCAGGGUUGAGGAGAAUCAUAAGGUGAGGUGCCAUCAGUACUGGCCGGACAAGGGCAGUCAGAUGUAUGGACCAUUCACAGUCACCUUGCAAGAUAUCGUUGAGUUAGCUCACUACACCAUCAGAACAUUUGUCGUGUCUACGCGAGAGGUUCAACAAUUUCAAUUCACAUCCUGGCCAGAGAACGGAGUGCCCGACAAUCCCAUGCCUCUCCUCCUCUUCAUGAGAAGGGCCAAAUUUCUAAUCACGCCGGAUUCGGGACCAGUCAUUGUCAACUGCAGUGCUGGCUGCGGUCGGUCAGGCGUGUACAUCGUGGUCGACUCCAUGUUGGACCGCAUCAAGCACUCGCGAACGUUCGACGUCUACGGACAUGUGACCUGUCUGCGCUGCCAGCGAAACUACAUGGUGCAGACGGAGGAUCAAUACGUCUUCAUACACAGGGCGCUGUUGGCAGCUGUCAAGUACGGCAACACUGAGGUGCCAACGAGAAACUUUCGGAGCCACUACGAGCGGUUAACACGACGAAUGUCUGCAGUUGGAAACCUUGUUUACACUGAUGCCGCUUAUGUUGACAGUUACAUGUUUCAGAAAAGUUACAUCCUGGCUUCAUCACCUCACAGAGAAACCAUUGAGAAUUUUUGGAAAAUGAUAUUAAAUUCUAAAUGCCAGCACAUCGUCACAAUCAGCGAUGCCGACGAUGAGAAGGACGAUUCCAUUUGUUACUGGCCACUCGAUCGACCCCUGAGGUUCGCCAGGUUCGUCGUUGAGUUCAUUGACGAGUACAACAAGAUCGACUACUUCGUUCGUCAGUUCACCGUGACCGUCGUUGAGACGGGGCUGACUGUGAUUGUGAAGCAGCUGCACGUCACCACCUGGAAUGAACGCUGCCUGUUGGCUGUGGCCAAGGAGGUCCAGAAGAUUCGACAACAUAAAAGCAAGCUCAACGUAACUCCUAUCACAAUACAUUGCAGCGACGGGUGGGGCAAGUCAGGGGUGGUGGCCACUCUUCUAACCAUCAUCGAACGACUCCAAUUUGAAGGUGUUGUGGAUAUUUUUCAAACCGUCUACAUGGCAAGACAUCAGAAGCCUGGUUUUAUCGCUAAUGAGGUGAUGCUUCUUUCAUUUCUGUUUUAUAAGUCAAUAAUUGCUUGA